UCCAAGCAUGAGGCAUGUUUUAAGGCAAUGUGGAAAAGAACAAGAAGACACCUAACAUAUUAGCUUCUGAUCACAAAGCCAAGUUCAGCCAUGGCAAAGAAGCAUACUCUCUUUCUUCUAGCUUUUCUCUUUCUCAUGAUGCUGAUCAAUGGCGGAAAGGGUCAGGGGGUUGCAGAUAACUCUGCCUAUGGUCUGGUCUCUGAUGGAGUUGGAGAGGUUCAGCAAUCAGCAUUUGUUGUUUUUAAGAAUUGGGCUUCAUCAGAUAGCUGUCACCAGACAUAUGGAUUCCUGCCAUGCACGACCACUGUGCUGGGAAACAUCUUCCUAAUCCUUGUGUAUGGUUACUUGAUGUUUAUUGCAGCCAAGUUUUUGUCUGAUGGAAGUGAGAUUCUGCUGGGAAUUCUUGGUCCUGGAAUUAUUGGUGGGCUUUUCCUGCCUGUGCUCAGUGCUUUUCCUGAUGCUGUUAUCAUCCUUGCAUCUGGGCUAUCUGGAAGCAAAGAAACAGCUCAAAGUCAGGUCUCAAUUGGUAUGGGCUUGCUAGCUGGAUCAACUGUUAUGCUUCUGACAAUACUAUGGGGAUCUUGCAUCAUAGUUGGCAAGUGUGACAUUGAAAAUUCAGUGGCUACUGAUUUGAAAGACACCAGAGGAUUCAGCUUAACUGGUUCAGGUGUUAGUACUGAUAUCUGGGCCAGCUAUGCGGCUCGGAUCAUGGUUAUAUCUGUUAUUCCUUUCAUUAUAGUCCAAAUAUCACAACUUCUCCAUACAACUUCGCAAGCUCGAUUAACAGUCUUGAUUUCACUCAUUGUAUCUCUUUCGUUAUUGCUUUCAUAUUGCCUUUAUCAGGUCUUUCAGCCUAGGAUUCAGAAGAGAAGACUUGCAUAUGCAAAGCAUAAACAUCUAAUGUCGGGAAUUUUAAAACAUUUGAAGUCCCAUAUCCUGGGAAGGCUCUUCACUAAUAACGGUGAACCUAAUACAGAAGCUAUAAAAAAGUUAUUUGAGACAAUUGAUGUAAAUUCGAAUGGGUACCUCUCUGUUACUGAUAUAAGAGCCCUGAUAAUAGGGAUCCAGUUUGAUGCAGCGGAUUUGGAUAUUGAUGAAACUGUGAGAAGUGUAAUGAAAGAUUUUGAUACAACGGGGGAUUCCCAAAUUGAUAUGAAUGAGUUUGUCAGAGGAAUGUCAAGAUGGCUUACUAAGGCUAAGCGUUCAGCAAUUCAUGCUGGAAGUGAUGGCAGUAAUUCCCUGUCAACAAGAUAUAUAAAUGACUUCAAUCUGCGAACAAGAGAGGAGCAGGAGAAGUUGGAGGAUCAGAAUGAAGAGGAGGAAGUGGAGAGCAUUAAAAAUCCCAAGUGGAAUGCCUCUAAAGCAGUAGCCAUUUUGCUUUUGGGCACAGUUGUUGCUGCUAUAUUUGCCGAUCCCCUUGUUGAUGCUGUUGACAACUUCUCCACUGCUACAAGCAUCCCUUCUUUCUUUGUCUCAUUUGUUGUUCUUCCUUUUGCUAGCUCCAGUGAAGCAGUAUCAGCCAUGAUCUUUGCCAGCAGAAAGAAGUUGAGGACUGCUUCUUUAACAUUUUCUGAGAUUUAUGGGUCAGUGACAAUGGGCAACAUCCUUAGCUUGUCUGUCUUCUUGGGUCUCAUCUACUUUCGCCAGUUGACAUGGGACUUCGCAUCUGAGGUGCUGAUUAUUCUGAUAGUAUGCAUACUGAUGGGAGUCUUUGCUGGUACCCGUACAACUUUCCCUCUUUGGACAAGCUUGAUGGCCUUCCUGCUUUACCCAUUAUCCUUGGUGUUGGUGUAUGUUCUUGACAAUUAUUUGGGAUGGUCAUAGACACAUUUUCAGUUCAAAGACAGCAAAAAGAGCAUCAAGGGUACACCCACAUUUUCAGUUCUUUUUUCAGUUGAUGACUAUAUAUGAAGCUCUACACCUGUUUGUAUUUGAUGUUUCAUUGCAUUUUCUUAAUAACUUCCAUUGAAAUUUA